AUGACCAACGCUUUCUCGUCAGUGUUGUCCUUGAAGAGGAACAGAUCAACGAGCACAGCCAAAGCGCACAGUGUUGGCUCAUCUGAACCUGUGAGCAAACUAUCAAGAUUAAAGUCAGGACUCAACAUUUUCUCAAAGAUAUCAGAUGCCAUCACUCAGCAUCAUCAGCAAGAUAACCAGUUCAACAACUAUACCAAACGAACAUCCUUUGUAGGAAUUUUACAAUAUUUCCGCAAUGAUCAAGAUACCGGAAGCCAGUCUCGCUUACGACGCAAAGCUACUUAUGACAGCGAUGGAUACUUUGAAUACCACCAAUACCAUCAGAAGCUAAACAGAAAACAGACGCAUGCCCGUCAAGCUGAGAGAAACAUCCACACGUUGCCUGCUCCUCAGGCUAAAAAGCUGACCAGCAUUUUGAUCAAACGAAGUGGCACAAACCCCAUGAGUCAGCAACCACAACGACAUCAUCAUCAGCAGCACCAGCCGCAGUUGACCAAGGUCAGCUCCAGACGAUCAAACGCAACCCAUGUGUCCACAUCCAACAUUACCAUCAACUCUGAAGAUCUCACUGCCAAAGAAUUUGCUGAUAUUGCCGGUAUCCGCAUCUUGCCCGAAGACGACAUUGGGGAAGAAGAAAGGUACAACGACGAUCCAGACAAUUUGCUUGACAUUGAGAGGAAAUUCAGCAACGGCACACCUACAGACGACGAUAUCCAAAUGCACACAGUGUCCACCACUUCCAAGAGCUAUCUGGACUAUUUGGAUGAACACCAUCGGCUGUCAGUCGUUAGCUAUGUGUCUCUGCAGAGCUAUUCCAUCAGCAGCAAGCCAAAAAUCUGGGAUAAUGAGUUUUGGUUGAACCCGGAAGACCAUCAUCUUUACCAACAGAGCAUCAGAAUUAGCCGAAGCAAUAGCACAGCUACCCAUCGAUCCAAUCACACGACAUCCAAUGAAUCUACCACAUCGAAAAAGCUUCUAGACCGAAAGCCAAGCACAGUAGUCGUGGUUGAACCACCUAUUUUGCAUGAACUACGUGCUAGAAACAACGAAAAGAAGGCAGACCAAAAUAGCCAUUGUGUAAUAAAGAAGGGCCGCUUUGAGAUCCAUCUAGGCGAUGGUAAUUCAACAUCUGGUGAGCCCUCGUGUAUAAUACCGACCACAACAGCGAGCGACUGUAGCCAUUAUAACGAUCAGCAGACCACUGCGGCAACGACGACCACUGCUACUGCUGGUGGUGCUAAUGAGGGCGUUCUGGAAUGGAAGAGAAAAAGAAAAGACUAG